UCAAAAAAAAAAAAAAAAGUCCUAAAUUUGUUAUCUUACACCGUUUGUCCUAACCCACUACUACUAAACACUUCCACACCAAAUUCUAAUAGUGAUAUCAAAGCCACAAAUUCCAACAAUGAUCUUGUUGUGGAUUAUUCUGCAGGAAUAAUGGGUGCCCCUAAGAUAGGACAUGCUGCAUAUAAAGGUCCAAGUAUACUCAAGGAGAUCUUCUAUGGGAUAACUAUUGGGCUCGCGGCCGGUUACCUGUGGAAAAUGCAGCACUGGAACGAGCAGAGGAGGAGAAGGGAGUUUUAUGAUCUGCUUGAUGCAGGUAAAAUUACUACCGUCGUCGACGAAGACGAGUAGAUCUGGCUUCAGCUAUAAGCCUAGUUUUCAUGAAUUCUAUGUGUGUUAAUGGAUAGUGGUAGAAGACUGGACUCUAAUAGCUAGUUAGACUCCUUUAUUUCGCAUGUUUGUUGUACCUCGUUAAUUAUUUGGGUUGUAGUGGAUUACUUAGAGCUAGCUUUGUGUAGCAAGUGUUUCCUCUAAUCUAGCUUUGCAUGUCGGGAUUAGAUGUUAAUCUUCCCUCUACGAGCUGAAGAGCAGGGGCGGGGUCGUGAUUUUGAAAAGGAAACAGAAAUUCAAAGAAAAUUUUGGUAUUGAUUCCCACAGAACUUUUUGUGUA